AAAUCUUUGCAAUCAGGUGGUGGUGGACUCAACAAUGGAAACCCUAAACUCAGAACCAACGUCUCCUUUAAGAAUAAUUGAUUCCAAACUUCAAAUCUCUUCUCCACUUCCAUCGUCGAUGCUCAGGCUAUGGAGGCAAGCUGCGCAACGGAAUCUGAGGAACCAAUGGUCACAAUUGGCACCUCUCAAGGAUAAAUGGUCCUCCAUUUCUUCCUCAGCAAGAUCUUAUGCCACUGCUCUCGUCAACUCUCAUCUUUUUCAAAGGUACAUGCCUAAUAUGAAGUUAGGUGUUUUGAGCGAUAUGCCUGAUAUCCGAAAGAGAGCUUGUUUCAAACUAUUCAAGCAGCAGGAGCUACAGAGGAGCCAGUUAUUGCAAUCUUAUAAGGACAUGGUGGGCGUUGUAAGUAAAAUGGUCAAUGUUAGCAGAUCAAUGAAGUGUUAUUCCAGAGGAUCAAACAAUAGUCCAUUGUUACAAUUUUCCAAUUACCCUAAAGACCAAAGUAACUCUGGAGAUGGUGGAGGAAUUCCGGUAUUUGCAUUCUUAUCAAUCUCUUCACAUGAGCAAUUGGUGGAGGAGCUGGUUCAGAUGUUCAGAUUUGAACUGUGUUUGAAGCGCCUACUUGUUCUUCAAUUUAUUUCCAUUGGUUAUGAUGCUUCACAAGUAAACAAGUUGCAUUGGUCAGCUCAACUUUAUGCCGAUGAAUUCAAAGAUUUGAGUGACUGCAAUCUGUUCUGUGAGGUGACUUGUGUACCAGUUCCACCAAGAUUGAGGGACGGGAAAUCUGACAUGGGUGCUUUAAGAUUCGACAACCAACCCAACCCAGAGGUUUUACAGGUUUAUCUAACAUCAUGGCUUGCAGAGGUGAACAUAAACACUUUAAGGGUGAAUGAAAUAUUUGCAGUCGUUGGGGAGGAAAUGCACGUUAGCAUAGGUUAAAACUUAAAAGCAUAUGCUAUUGGAGUCAGAUUGAGUGGUUACACCUUCAAAGGCUCUUUUUGGACAUUGUCAAGGUCUUAUCAUAUGAAAAAUUAAUGGCAAGAGAAGUUCAAUGCUUUGCUGUUGCAGACAUGCGGUGAAAAUAUUACCAAGUCACAUGGGAUUUUAUUUUUUUGUCAAGCAGAGUCUGGUGGCUAGAAAUUCACUUUUUUUAAAGUGAACAAGUGAGGUGUUCGUGGUUCGAACCCCAGCCCCUACCAAUUUUAGUCAUAUAACAAUAACAAAUUAACAAAUCGUAGAUAUAGGACAAUGUGGUUCUUGCUAUGUGGAUAAAUUUUGUUUUCAAGAUACUUUGCAAGAUGGGUGUCCACGUGGAUGCAUAUUAAUGUAUUAUGCUCAACUCUAAUGCAAUUAUGUGGGUGGUACAAAAUUGCUUUCUUAUUC